AUGGCUGCCUCUGCCCCAACGGACGAGCCAAGACCCAUUGUAUUCUCCGGGCCUUCGGGCACUGGCAAAAGUACCCUUAUAAAGCAACUCUUUGCGAAACAUCCCGAUCUCUUCGGCUUCAGCGUCUCCCAUACUACUCGAAAGCCGCGACCUGGCGAGGAAGAUGGCGUUCACUAUCACUUCAUCACCCCCGACAAAUUCGAGUCAAUGAUAGCAGAAAAUGCCUUUGAGGAGCACGCCAGGUUCGGAGGUAACUACUACGGCUCCUCGAGGAAGGCUGUCCAAGACGUCGCCGAGGGGAAAGGCAAGAGCAUCGAUGGCAACACAGCUCCUGGCAAGAGGAUAUGUAUAUUUGACAUUGAGAUGGAAGGCGUCAAGCAGUUGAAGAAGAGCCAGCUGAAUCCGAGGAUCUGCUUCAUCCAACCACCCAGCAUCGAGGUUCUGGAACAAAGACUGCGUGGCCGCGGCGACACCAGCGAAGACGCAAUUCAAAAGCGUCUGGCCCAGGCCAAAAAUGAGAUGGAGUAUUGUAAGACCGAGGGCAAGAACGACAAGGUCAUAAUCAAUGACGACCUGGAUGCCACAUUCAAGGAACUUGACGAAUGGGUGAUGAAAGAUCUUGCUACAGGUGCCUCAGCUUGA